AUGGAUUCUAUUCGUUUAACAAUAUUAAUUAUUGCUUUAUUCUUCACCAUUGGUACUAUUGAAGGAAAACCAACUAGUUUAUCAUCGAAUGAUUUGAAAGAUAAUAUUAAAUAUUUGUUAAAUAUUCUUGAAAUUGAAAAUGAAUAUAUACGAUUUUUAUCAUAUAUGAAACUCUAUCCACCGGAAGAUACAAAAAUGAAAGUUCUUUACGAUGAUUUAUUUUCUUUUGAUUCAUUUAUAUCUGAUCUUACAAGUGUAUAUGAGAAAUAUUAUACAUUAGAUGAUGUUACUCAACUUAUUAAUUUUUAUUCCAGUCCAUUGGGCAAAAAGGUUAAUAAAGUAACACAAGCAUUAGAUAAAGAAAUGGAAGAUUUAAUGUUAAAUAAAAUCAGUGAUUAUAUUUUUGCAUUAUCAGAAAAUGGUGUCGACAUUCGUCUACCACAAAUUUCACAAUAA